GUUUUUAUGUUGUUGUUUUUUUUCAUUCACAACAUGGCUGCUCCCUGUUUUGCGGAUUUCUAUGCAGGAAGAAGCUGCAAACCAUGAGGAAAACCCGACACAAUGGAAACAAAGGAAGUGAUCAACCUUGCUCUUCAGCUACAGAAGUUAGCUGCAGAGCAAAGCUUCAGGAGCAUCAUGACCCUGCUUGAUGAUCUUGAUAAGGCGAAUAUAACUCCGGAGCAGCUGGAAACAACGGAUAUCGUCAAAGUCCUUUAUAAACUCCUAAAAACUUGUUCGGGGAGUAGUGUGAAGAAAAAAGCAAGGAGUUUGUUGUCAAGGUGGAAGAGGCAGUACAGUAGAGAGAGGCAGGAAGACAAAUGUUUGGGUAAAAACACAGGUUCUGGAAAUUCCUGUGGAGUUUCUUUAGAACCGAUAGGGGAUAGUAGUGUUUCCAGGGAUUCUCUUCCAGAUUUUAAACAGAUUUCUGGAGCUAGUAAGGGAAGUGCAUCAGAACGGGGAUGUCACAAUUCCACUGGAGUAAAGACCCCCAGUUCCUGUGACUCUGUGAGAACCAAAUGUGUUAAUCUCCUGCUUGCCGCCCUCCACCCUGAGCCUCCUGAUCAAGACAAAGCACCAGAGCUCGCUAAAAGCAUCGAGCAGCACCUCCACAACCUCCACGGAGCCAGCCAUCUCAAAUACAAAGCCAGCAUAAGGUGCAAGCUGGCCAAUCUAAGGAAUCCCAAAAAUGGCCACCUAAGGGCAGGACUCCUUUGUGGCUCUCUGGCUCCUGAGGCUUUCGCCCGAAUGUCUGUAGAGGAGAUGGCCAGUGCUGAACUGCGUCAACUACGGGAGGAAUACUCGUCCCAAGGAGUGAGCGAGAGGCAGCUCCCCCAAGGGUUGGAGGGUACGCCGACGAAGAAGAUCCACUGCAAAAAAUGUGGAGGAUCAGACUGCAGGGUGACACAGGUGUCUAGAGGAGCCCUGUUUUUGCCUGCGUGGGUGAGGCGUGGUGGCCCUGAUGAGGACGCAAUGACCUUUGUGACUUGUAGCCGGUGUGGCCAGCAGUGGUACCACAGCAGCUGGGUGUGCCUCUGAAUCAAAACAACAGGUUAUUUAACAGCAGUGAUUGCUUAGUGAUUAUCUAAAGGGGGGAUUUUAAUAAAAACAUCAGAUGGUUACAGAUAAUUGAUUCUAUGUAAACUUUGUUUGCAUUUUCUUCUUAAUCUGAAACUGAGAAUAAGUUUGGCUGCUUGAAUAAAAGUCCAAACAGUGCUGCUUCAUCUUUACUAAAGUAAAGUCACUAAAUUAUGAAGCUGCUGCCCGAAACCACAGCUUCUAAAAUCAGCCAGUCAUCAUGUUCCCUAUGAUUCAUUUCCUGCCUUCUUCAGGUCUAAUAUCUAAGAGGUUUAUAGACUCAGAGUGGUUGCUAUUACUAACAACUUCCUGAUAAUGUUUGUGAUGUAGAGGUCUAAAAUGCCUUAAAGUGUUCACAUCUCUAAAACCGCUUUUGUCCCAUUACAAUGUGUCUUCUACGAUUGCCCCCCUCGUCAAACCUCUUCCACUGUUGCCCUAAACUAAACAAACACAAAACUGCCACAGAUAAAUCAUGUUAUGCAAAAACCAAUAAAAACUGCCAAAAUGUUGA